AUGCAAUCCGAAGACAACGAGUGGUCAAAAGUGGUCCAAACAACCACCAAGAUAGAUUAAUAAAUCAAGAAUAUCAAAUUGAGAUUAUAGUCAGCAUUGACCUAGCUUAUCAUUCAAUCCGAAGAAAACAAUAAAAUUAGCAAUCCUGACCCAAUCCUUCCAAAAACCAAUGUUCCUUUGAUCAUUCAACAUAACAGCAGAUCUAUUGAAAAGAGAGACAAACCUGCAAUCAGACAGUGUGCGUCUAAAUCUCCUAUUAGAACCCCUGAAACUGCAGACUGUCCAUCUCCCAUUUCAUCAAUAGCUCAUAAUUCUCUUAUAAGAAUGCAAUUGAAGGCAGCUGAAAUGUUAAGUCCAAAAUAUCAAAAUAUAUCAGAUAGAUUCCAUAUAGGCAAAUUUUUGGGCAAAGGCAAAUUUAGUGAUGUAUUUUAAGCAUAAGAGAAAUCAUCAAAAGUGUUAGUGGCUUUAAAAGUAAUUCAAAAAAGUGUCAUCAGCAAAUAUAAAAUGGAGGCUCAAUUGGCUCAUGAAAUAAAAAUUUAGAGUUAUCUCAAUCAUCCAAAUAUACUUAAACUAUUUGGUGUAUUCUAAGAAUAAACUAAGAUCGUUUUAAUUUUAGAAUAUGCACCAGAUGGUGAGUUAUAUAAGUUGCUUAAGAAACAACCAAAUCGUAGAUUCAGUGAAAAUAAAGCUGGAAAUUAUAUUGCAUAGAUUGUGGAAGGAAUUUCAUAUAUGCAUAAAAUGAAAGUGAUUCAUAGAGAUAUUAAACCAGAAAACAUAUUAAUUAGUCUAUAAUUUCUAAAAAUAGCUGAUUUUGGAUUAGCCACAUAUUCACCAGAAUCUAAACCUAGGUAAUCCUUUUGCGGCACAAUUGAUUAUAUGUCUCCAGAGAUAGCUUCUGGGUAAGACUAUGACCACUCAGUUGACUUGUGGUCCAUAGGCAUCCUAGCGUAUGAGUUGACUACAGGAACCACACCUUUUUAUUAAUCAUCUAAAGAAGAUACCAUGAGAAAGAUCAUAGAAGGUAGAGUUGAUUUUCCUAAAUAUGUUUCUAAUGAAUUAUAAGAUUUUUCAAAAUGCUGUUUGAGGAAGGAUCCCUCUCAAAGAUUGAGACUGGAAUAGAUGGCUGUUCAUAAGUGGAUUCAAAUGAAUCAUUAGGCUGGGGGAUAGUAUGAUCGAAUGCUUGUUUAAUAAUUGGUAACAAUACUGAAAUGA